AUGACUUUCGAUUCGUUCAUUCUAAAGGGAUCUGUACUCUCUACCAAACUCAAUUCAAAGGUGUCCUACUCAAUUAGUAAUCCAUCUGAAAGCACAUUAUGCAAGAACUACCAAGUUUGUAUGACCUCCUCAGAUUUGAAAGAUGCCACCACAAUUUCCAAAAAGAAGCCAAUCACUUUUUACUUGGGAUUGGAUGGCUUGGAUACUACUAUCUCUGUGGAUAUGACACUUUACGACAAUUCUGUAAAGAAGAUUGAAAAGCUUUCCGAGACAAAACUUGGUAUUUAUGGUGUAUUCUUUGAUAAUUAUCAAGUCAAGGUUAAAUAUGAAUAUUUUGUGAAUGAUAUACUUGUUACAAAGAUUGUUGAUGCUACAUAUGUUUCUGAAGAUUACGUUACAGCUGACAUGGUUUUGAAUGACUUGACCAAUAUUGGAUUUAUUUCAGUCCAAGUCUCAUCAGAUAAUGGAGAAGUUUAUUCCCCAAAAACUCUUAAUGCAUAUGUUAUGUUUACUCCUGCUGAGUUUGGCACUAACACUCAAAAUAGCACAACCACUACAACUGCAUCAACUACAGUUAUUCAAGAAGAAGAAAAGAGUAUGAGUGGUGUACUGACAUUCUUGUCCAGUGCUUUAAGUGAGACUGCUUCUCCAACAGAAGAAACUGUCGAUCCAAAGACCGGUAGUGUUGUUACUCCUGACGUCAAGCCAGUAUUCAUUCCAAUGAUUUCUAAGAAGACUGGUGAGAUUACAAUUAAGGUUAGUGUCGGCUUUGUUAACAAUGGUACCAAAGACAAGUGUACCACCAACCCUAACCAAGUUGUGAAGAGUGUAAUUCCAACCUCUAGAAAGUUUACAUUGUUGGAAAAGAGAGUGUCUAUAGAAUUUGCUGUAGCCAAGCCAGACACUGAAGAAGCAACACUUAUGGAAAUGUUAAUUAAUGAUCAAACAAAUGCUGGUUACUUCUCUAGUAGUAUCAGUAUUAGAAAUGGUGAAAAGUUCUUUAAUUCUGAAGUUAACUUGGGUACAUCAUUUGAAACCAAAAAUAUAUCUACUCGUUGUGACUUUAAAGAAGGUGAAAAUAUGAAGUUAGAUAUGAAG